UCUUUCCACCCACUUUCCUCUCUUCUCUCCUCCGCCUUUCUUUUAAGCUUUUGUGCCUCAGUGCCAGACUACCAGUGGCCACUAUCCUUUUUUCUCUCUCCUUUAUAUUCUUCUUCCUCUUCCUUUCUCCUUCUAUUCCUCCUCUAAUCCAACAGAGAACUUCUCUCUAUUGUCGUGGGUCAUGGCUGAAGUUAAAGCUCCAAAGUUGGGAGUUAUAACAUGUGGCUGAUGGCUGCGACCAUGGGUGACACCGUAACAAAUCUACCAAUUUAAUGAUCCACGGUUGCCACCAUGGAUGAUGCGGAUUUGCCCACAUAUCUCUAGAGAUUUGUGCACAUAUUUGUAUGACCCAUGAUAGCGGUCAUGGCUUGUGAACCUAUGCAUAGAUUUCUAUGCACAGAUAUGAAGAUUUUUGUGAUUUGUCGAUUUCUAGUGGUGGAUGGAAUGGCGGACGAAUUAGGGGGUCAAUCCACGCUCCUAGCAUCCUAACAGGGCCACUCACCCACGAGGAGCAGUGCCAGAGUUCAAGAGCCCAAACUACCCCCAGCCCAUACGGGAAGCGAGGGGUGGGACAAGGGCACCCCAUGUUUGGUCCUUCCGAUUGGGAAGACUAUUCACUGGGAAAGGAAGGAGCUGCAUGGUACAGGGUUCACAACCUUCCUAAAAGUUCUGGCCCUGGAGUAUAUGAGCUUGGGAUUGCUGUGUCUCGGACCGGGUUAGGGCGUGAGGUUGGCAGGCUUAAUCCAGACGGUAUACUCGGGGUUUACCUUGGUCAGGCUGACAAUGUUAGGACGCGACUCCAGCGGUAUGGCAGGACAGGUGCUCAUUUGGGCCAUAGCUACCCUAAUGGUCAACCAAAUGACUCUAAGAGUGUAUCUGUCCAGAAAGGGCCCGGAUUGUUUGAGGAGAUAUUCUCACGACGCUACCCCAUUGUGUUUAGAUGGGCUCCGAUGGAAAACAAGAGAGAGGCUGAGAAGACUGAAGCUCAGCUUCUCAAAACAUUUGAUUAUGCAUGGAACACAAGCAAUAAUGGUGUACGACGACCAAAUGAUAUCGUUUGGAAACUUGACAGAAUUGCUGCAAACACAACUCAAUUUCCCAAAGUUGUCAGAAAACUUCUUCCAUUUGGUCAGAAGCAAGUGGGCAUUAGCAUCAAAGCACGCAAGUUGCCAUCACCAGAGAACAAAUUGAGCGCCUGUGCUGAUGAAGAGAGCUACAAUUUCCUAUCUCAAGUAUUCAAAUUUAGCAGAUCGCUGCCUAGGUUUUUAUUGGAUAGAAGUAUUAUCAUAGAAGAGAAUAAUAGUUUUUGUGGGGUAGUCUUAGGUGAUGGUUUGGUUUGUAGAAGGCCACCGGUUGAUAGAAGAAAGAGGUGUGCUGAACACAAAGGGAUGCGAAUUAAUGGGUCCAUCCCAAUGUUGGUCCCAACAUUGGUUACGGUAGGUAAAUCAGGGAGCACACUAGGCUCAGUGUCGAAUCAUCUUGCGGAUAGAAAGGGUGACAAUCACAAUGCACAGAAUCUUUGCUAUGACUCAGUGAAGGAUACAGAGGUUGUGGGUAAGUGUCCUGUUAGUGAGAGCUUUACUCCUAUAUGUGGAGUCCCUUUGCAUGAUGGCUCUCCUUGUAGAAGGCAACCAACUCAGGGGAGGAAAAGGUGUGAUGAGCAUAAAGGUAUGAGAAUACGUGGAUCUAUUUCUGAAUCAGUAAGAAUAGGAAAAUCACAAAAUGUGCACAAGGCAGGCUUGGAUUUCAGUUGUAGCGAUCAAAAUUCCUCUGCGUUAUGCAUACCUGGAGUGGUGCAAACUCAAGCUUCCUCAAAGAGUUAUGUUGUCAGCAAGGAUACCACCACAAUGUGUGGGUUGGAUUUAGGUUAUGGGAUUUACUGUACAAGACAACCAGCUAGAGGAAGAGUAAGGUGUGAUGAGCACAAAGGGCUGAGAAUUAACGGGUUGGUCUCCAAGUUAGCAGCAGAAGGCAAAUCCCAUUUAUCUGACAUGGGUUCGAAAUUCAGUUCUUGUGAAUAUGAAUAUGGCAACACUAGUGCCCCUACAUGUGGAGCAACGUUACACAAUGGUUCUCAGUGCAGGAGGCAACCAGUCCAAGGAAAUAAAAGGUGUUGGCAACAUAAAGGCAUGAGGGCAGAUGGUUCUUCAGCUGGGUUUGGCUCAGAAAUAACUUCUCUCACAUGUGGUGUCAGCUUACAGAAUGGGUCAGUCUGUACGAGGAUUCCUGCUCAUGGAAGGAAGAGGUGUGAGCAGCACAAGGGGAGGAGAAUCACUAAUUCCUCCUAUUUCUGAAAUUCAUCAUAUCCCGAAGAUUGCCUAGUAAGAAAAACCCAUUUAACUAUACGUUGUGCCUCUCUUUAUUGUAUUUCAAAUGAUGUUGUGGCUUGUAUCCUAAAGCCAUACUAUGUGGUAUGUUCUUUUCUAACUUAGAAGUUGUGGUAUGGUUGUACAUUUUCUAUAUAUUUAUGCUUCCUGUAAAUUAUUAAAAGCCA